CGGACCCCCCCCGCCCCGGGGAGUGCGGGCACAGCGCCCCACGGCAGACACAGAAAACAGGACGGUUUGUAUCCUUUCUUCUUCAUCGGAGUUUCCUGAAGGAUUUUUUACGCCGCAGGAGAGAAAGGAUGGAGGAAUUGUUAUCUACUUCAUGAUUAUACUUUACAUGUUUUUGGCUGUGUCCAUUGUGUGUGAUGAUUACUUCCUACCUUCCCUAGAGAUCAUCAGUGAAACCCUUGGCCUCUCUCAGGAUGUCGCUGGAGCAACUUUUAUGGCUGCUGGAAGCUCUGCUCCAGAGCUUGUCACUUCGUUUCUAGGAGUCUUCGUGACAAAGGGAGAUAUUGGCAUCAGCACCAUCCUUGGGUCAGCAAUCUAUAAUCUUCUUGGUAUUUCUGCAGCUUGUGGGCUGUUUUCCAGCGUGGUUUCGAGGCUAUCCUGCUGGCCGCUGUUUAGAGACUGUCUGGCAUACACAGUUAGUGUAGCAGUGGUCCUGGCGAUGAUAUCUGACAACCUAAUUUACUGGUAUGAAAGUGCAUCAUUAUUAUUGGUAUACGGGUGUUAUAUUCUGGUACUAAGUUUUGACAUUAAAAUCAACCAAUACCUCAUGGAAAAGUUCAGUCCCUGCUGUACAUACUUCACAAAAGCUAUGGAAGAUGCUGAGCAGCAGGCACUGGUUGGACAGAGGGAAGAGGGUGGACCUGUAAUUUGCCACCAGUCAAGAAAAGACAGUGGAAUUUUUCAAGAUGAGACAGACUACUCUCAACUUUCAACAAGCUUACGUGGGAGGCUUGAUGAAAACACUCAAGAUCAUCAAAGUGUCUUCACCAUGCCUGAAGCAGAUAUGAAGAGAAUUUUGUGGGUGUUAUCCCUUCCUAUUACUACACUACUCUAUCUGACUAUACCAGAUUGCAGAAGACAGGUUUGGAGGAACUGGUUCAUGGUGACAUUUUUCAUUUCAGCAGCAUGGAUUUCUGCAAUAACUUAUGUUCUUGUAUGGAUGAUAACAAUAGCAGGUGACACACUGGGGAUUCCAGAGUCAGUAAUGGGUCUCACAUUACUAGCAGCAGGAACAAGUGUACCAGAUACAAUUGCAAGUGUGCUGGUGGCUCAAAAAGGAAAUGGAGAUAUGGCUAUGUCUAACAUUGUAGGAUCCAACGUAUUUGAUAUGCUGUGCUUGGGAAUACCCUGGUUUAUAAGAACUGCCUUCAUAAAUACAUCAGGACCCAUAGAAGUGAACAGCAGUGGUUUGACAUAUACAGCCAUUUCUCUAAUCUGUUCUGUUGCUUUUAUUCUUCUGUCAGUUCACCUAAAUGGCUGGAAAAUAGAUAAAAAGUUGGGAGCAGUUUGUCUUGCACUGUACUUAGUAUUUACUACAUUAUCGAUUUUAUAUGAACUUGGAAUCAUAGGGAACAAUCCUACAAGGGUGUGUGGUAACUAGUUUUAAUCAGUGAUUAUACUGAUGAAAAAAAAAUGAAAGCAGAAGAGAAAGAUCAGUUUCUUCAUUUAGUCAAAUAAAAAAAA